AUGGACGUGCGUGUUUGGUCCAUUUUCUCUGGCGAAUUAUUGACCAGAAUUGCUUUGGAAGCUGGCCCUGGUGUUACUGGAGCAGACAUCAAAAAAAUACUCUCUGACCAGCUGGGAAUCAAUAGGUUCAGACAAGUGUUGUAUUCGAAGGAUGGAACACAGAUUCUAAAUGGAGAAGUCUUAAACCAAAUUGAGCAUGAUGUGCAUUUGCUGGUCAAAGGAACCGGGCACGUUUUGUGCAACGAGUCCCAGCGAAGUCAAAUGGUUGAAGCUUGUUCGGCUAAUAAACUGCAGAUCCUGGAACUGCUAUUGUACGAGCAUCUUGAUCCAAACACUACAGACGCAUAUGGCAGAACCCUACUAGAAUUGGCAGCUGGCGGAGAUCAUCUGGACGUAGGCAAUCUUUUAUUGGAGGCUGGUGCUGAAGCAGAGACAAAAUCAGCCAUAAGCACUCCUCUUUUGACAGCCACCAGAAUGGGCAACACCGAAUUCGUGAACCUUCUGUUGCAUGCUAAUGCAAAUCCUAAUCGUUGCUACUGUGUUCGACCUGGAUUUCAAAAAUGUUGGACACCUUUGAUUUGUGCUGUUCGCCACGACGUGGAUUACGAUUACAGACAUGCAACUAUCGUUCCCAUGCUCAUUAAAGCGGGAGCAGACGUGAACUACAGCUGUGAUAGCAUGCCACCCUUGGUUGCUGCAGUCGAGCAGUCGAGUUAUCACAUCAUGUGGCACCUGCUUCAAGCUCAGGCAAAUCCGAAUGUCACGAAUCGCAAUUUGAAGCCAGUUUUGCAUAUUGCAGUCACAAGAAACGAUCCUACUGCUGUGGAAAUGUUGCUUCAGAACUCUGCUGAUAUAGAAUUGAGAGAUGCUCAGAAUCGAUCAGCCGAGCAGCUUGCAGCCAGUGCUGCUUUGAGAGAAAUGCAAGGAAUGCUCUCGUAG